AUGUUAAUUUUGUAUCUAUUGAUUUAAAAAGCAAAUUCAUUGAGUGAAUAUUAAUUUGGAGUCUAAAUUUUGGAUUGCUAAAAAUCAUCUGUCUAAAUUAAUUUUCCAAAAUAAUUUGAGUAAACUCCACAAAUUAUUAUUACUCAAUCCGAGAUGUAUUCUCUAAGAAAUGGAAUUAAUUUUCGAUUUGAAAUUGGUUCUAUUACAACAAAAAGUUAUCCAUUAAUUAAAAAUUUAGGCUUUACAAUUUAUUAAGGUUGUCUGCAAAAUAUUAAAUAAGUAAAUAUUAAAUGGUAUGCGAUUGAUGAUCAAAUAAUAUAAGUUAUUGAUUGUUAUAAUAGAGACGAUCCAAAAAAUGAAACAUUUAAUCAUAAUAAUCUCAAUGCUUUGAAUGGAUUUCUAACUUUAACAAGUUUUUAUUACAUAUCCUCCGUAAGUUUUAACAUUGAUGUAUUUUUAUGUAUAUUUGAGAUAAUUGAAAUAACUCCUUUCAAUGUUACUGUAGGAAUAUCAAAGACUGAUAGUUUGAAGCAAAUAGGCUAUUAAAUCAUUUUGGGUGUAUGAUGCCUUUGUUAAUUUAGGCAAAUAUAGCGCUAUUUAGGAUGUAUAAAUAGCUUUUCCUAAACAGCCAGAUAAAUUUUUUAUUAGUCCUUUCUUAGGUUUUAAUUUAACACCAAAUGAUGCUAUACAAAUUAUUCAAUCUCAAGAUGAAACAAGUGAUCUUGGAAAAUUAAUUUAUAAAAUAUAUGAAUUACCAGGAGAUGUUUUAUAUAGUAAAAAUGUUCAUUAGCGAAUCUGGAUAUCCAAAACAUUUACGGCCUUUAAAUCUUUAACAUAUAAAUUAAUUCAGAUAGUUCAAAAAAGCUAUGUAGAUUAAGACAUCAUCUAAUCUUCUAUUCAAAUUAAGUUUGCUUAGGAGAAUCCAAUAUUUAAGGAAAGUGGAAAUUAUAGAAUACUCUUAGAUAAGUCAACCUAAUUUAUUAAUGUAUUCUUUUAAUUGA